AUGAAUAGCAUGCGAGAUUGUGAGGAGGGAGGCAGCUGUGGAGAUGAAGGGACGAUCUGGGCGAGUCUGCCGCCCGAGCUGUGGUGCGAGAUCUUGCAGUGGGUGGGCACGAAGGACGGGCUGACGGUGGCCUCGCUCGUGUGCCGCCGGUGGCGCCUCCUCUUCAUGUCCCGCGGCCUCCUGCGCUUCCACUUCAUCUGUCCCGCCCUCCUGCUCCACCAGCGCUCGUCGUCAUCUUCGAGCACCGGCGCUGGUCACGACGCCGCUUCGAAGCAGCUCGAGCAGAGCUUUCGAGCGCUCCUCCUCAAGUUCAGACGCGAGUGCUCAGCCCUCGCAUCCAUCUCCUUCUCCCCCAACCACUCUUCAUCAUUUUCAUCUCCAUCUUCUUCUUCGAGCUCGCCAGCGCCGGCGUCGUCGAUGGGCAACCCGUGGGUCACGGACGACCUCCUGCGGACCUGCUUCGGCGGGGACGACGGCGGCUUCCGAUCGCUCACAGAGCUCGACCUCACCAACUGCCGCCUCGUGUCGGCCGCCUCGCUCGGCUGCCUCCCGCCCUCGCUCCUGCGCCUCAACCUGCGCGGCUGCCGCAACAUCGUCGCCCACGCCCACGCGCCCUCGGCCUCGGCUUCGCCUCUCUUCACAGCGUCGCCGGAGGCGUUGGGGCUGCCGCCGCUGGUCGCCGAGUACCCGGCCCGCGACGCCGACGCGCCGUCGAUGGUCAUCCUCGACUUCUCUUCGGUCCCGUCAUCGCUGCACGCGGCGGCGCCCACGACGGCCGAGGCCGAGUCUGUCGAUGACGGCGGCAGCGAUGGGCGACGGCGGCAGCGGCCCGGGCUCCCGCCGGGGCUGCAGGUGCUGUCGUUUGCGUACUGCUGGCGACUGAGCGACGCGAUGCUGGCGCCCGACCACCUCCCGACGGCCUCGCUUCGCCAUCUCUCUCUCCGCGAUUGCAAGAGCCUCACAGAAACGGGAAUGUACCACUUGUCGGCGCUCACUGGGCUCGAGGUGCUGGACCUGUCCAACUGCACGCGCGCCGUCACCGACGCCGUGCUGGCCUCGGUUCUGCCCGCCCUGUCCCGCCUGCGCGAGCUCAACCUGUCGCAGUGCAAGGAGGUCAGCGCCGAGGGCCUGCGCCACCUGCCCCAGCGAUCGCUGAUCGCGCUCGACCUGGUCUUCUGCAAGAAGCUGCGGCCCGACGCGCUCGACUUCAUGCCGCCCGGGCUGCGCCACCUGAACCUGGCCUACUGCUUCUUCCUCAAGAACAAGGGCGGGGCGGCCCUGGCCUUCCCGCCGGCGCUGCGGCGGCUCAACCUGACCGGCUGCGAGCUUCUCACCGACGGCGCCCUGCGCGACGUGGCCGCCGCCGUGCCACGCCUGCGCCAUCUGAACCUGGCCGAGUGCUAUCGUAUCAGCGACGUCGGACUGAGCUAUCUGAGCGGCUGCGGCCGGCUGGAGAGCCUGGACAUCAGCUACUGCUCGGCCAUCUCCGACGUCGGCGUGCUGUCGCUGCUCCCCGCGUCGCUGCACACGCUCACGCUGCGCAGCCUCUUCGAGAACAACCUCUUCAAGGACGGCAGCGUACAGAGUACCACCGCAGAGGGCGUGGGGCUCAAGGGCGUGCAGAAGAUCACGCACUCCAUCACUGCCGAGGCGAUUGAAGCGCUCGGCCAGCGGAUCAACGUGGUGGUGACCAGCCGAGCAUCAGCACAGAAGGCGGACUACCAGUUGACGCAGGACGUCUGA